GGGAAUUCCCUGUCUAGUAGUUUGAGUAGAUUUAUUGACUAAACACUAUCUAGGUAUGAAACUUUUGCGUGUUUGUAUGUUUCAAAAAUACUAGGACAUGGAUAUGAACAAGCAUCUUUAUGUCUAAGGGAAACAUAGAGCCGACACGAACAGCAACAAGCAACCUAAACACAUCGUCUUACAAAAGUUUUUUUUCGACAUUGAGAAGGCUCAAUAUAUUCUCCUCUGAGAUUAAAAAAUUGUGUUUUCGUUCAACGAGUGAAAAGGUUGAACAUUUUUACUGGAGCAGUCUUCUCGCUGACACAAGAACAGGAUGGAGAUUCAUUUCUUUGUGGGCGCACGUGUGCUGCGGGGCCCUGACUGGGAUCAAGGAGACAGCGAUGGAGGAGAGGGCUACCUGGGCACCGUCACUCAGUUGCUAGGCAACGGCAGAGUGCGCGUAGUGUGGGACAAAGGAGCUGAAACCAUAUGCCGCGUUGGUGGAGAUGAAAAGUACGAUUUGAGACUCUUCGACACUGCUCCGUCAGGUGUCCGACACAAAGGCACAAAGUGUUCAGCAUGCGGACAGGGUGACAUCUGGAGCAUGUUGUGGCGAUGCCAGCAAUGUACCGGAUGUGACCUUUGCACCUUCUGCUAUUCCGAUGAUAAGCACGAAAUUAAUCACAGAUUUAUUCGUAUAGACAGGCCUGGUGAUGUCGGCCAGAUUCUUCCUGUCCGCAAGAUCAGUGUCAAAGUUCGAGCGAUCGGUAUCUUUCCCGGUGCAAAGGUCAUUCGAGGAAGAGACUGGAUGUGGGAUGACCAAGAUGGCGGCCAGAGUUCGGAGGGUGACGUGGAAGGUUACGAACCUGAAGCGGUGGACUCGUGGAGGAACCUUAUUCGUGUACGUUGGCCAAAUGGCGUCGUCAACAGCUACCGCCUGGGUUUCCAAGGCAAAGUAGACCUCUUGUGUGUGGAGGAGGAAACAGGACCUUUCUACUACAGGGAUCAUCUCCCUUUACUGGACAUCACCCAAAGGGAAGCCACUACCAAAGAGAACACUAGUCAAGGGUCACGACCUUCUUUAGUGCUUCGCCAUCCUGAACCUCACAAGUCGGGUGUCGAGAACGUUGACACGGUCAUCAGAAAUGUCGAUGUUGCUGGUAGCAACCCAUCAGCACGACCUACAGCAGAAGCCGGUGCUGACAAGAUUGCGAUGGGAGUUGGGGUUGGAGAUCACGUGACCAUCACGGUCAACGAGCAGCAACUAGAGACGCUACAGAAGGACUUUGGGGGAUGCACCCCGGGAAUGAUCAAGAGCAUCGGUAACACAGGGGAGGUCACCAGCAUAACGAGAAGAGGAGCUGUUUGUGUAAGGUUCGGACCUACUAACCGUGUGAGCUACCGGUUCAAUCCUGCUGCAGUGAUCAAGCUACAGAAAUUUGAAGAGAACGACAUUGUUCGCGUGACAUCCAGCAAGGAUCUCACACAGCUUUUCAACAGAAAAAUAGGCUGGAAGCCAGAAAUGGAUGAGACGAUGGGAAAAGUCGGCAGAGUUCGCAAAGUGGACCACGAAGGAAAUAUUCUAGUUGAGGUCGAAGGUCAACUGUUUCUCUAUUCUCCUGCAUGUUGUCUGCACGAAACUGCUGAGUCGGUAACAUCGCAUCGUGAGGAAACCGUCAAACAGGAAAUGACGUCAGCGAAAACACAACCUGCAGUAACAGUGAAGAACAUGGACUUGAAGAAAAUGGCUCGUGAUCACGUGGCGGACAGCGGGACACCAGACCGAGUGAAUGCCAUGCACAGACUCUUUGCGGCCAUUAAGAAUGAUGACGACAGGAAAGUGAAGGAAAUGUGUCUGCUGGACCCUAACCUGGUAGAAUGUGAGUACACGGGGAUCACACCACUGAUCCUAGCCUUAUACGAAGGUAGACGAAAAUGUGUCAGGGUGUUGCUUGAGCUGGGUGCAGAUGUCAGCAGAUGUGUCAGCGAUGACUCUGACAAAACUCCGAUGUCUGCAGCUCUGGAAGGAAAGAAUGAAGACCUUGUGGAGCUUCUGCUGGAACUUGGCGCCAACAAGGAGCAUUGGUAUUCGCCUGGAGUCACUGCUAUUCACCUGGCUAUCAAGUAUAGUUUAGUGGGCGCAGUCCUGGCGCUAGCUAAACAUGGCGCUGAUGUCAAUAGGAAGCACUUAGGAGGGAAGACACCCAUUCACAUGGCAAUAGAGCUGAAAAAGACUGACAUUGUAGAGGCAUUGUUGUCUCUACCGGAAGUGGACAUCGAAAUAGAGGAUGACAACUCCUUCAACGCCCUUCAGCUGGCCUGCCUCAGAGAUAAUCCGCGGGCGGUGGAACUGAUUCUGAAGCGAGACAAGAGCGGCGUGAAUAAAAGAAGGAAAGGGGACUCGACUCCUCUUCACAUCGCUGCCUACAACGACCACGUGGAGUGUGUGCGCCUCCUGGUCAUCAAUGGCGGAGCGGAUGUUAACAUGAGAAAUAAACGCAAAAACGGCACGGCGCUACAUAACGCAUGUUUAACUGGAAAAUUUGCGACAGCUGAAGCUUUGCUUGAGCUAGGUGCUGAUGUCAAUGUUGUGGACGCCGACGGGGACACACCACUUCAUUUGGCCAUUGGUGGAAAAAUUGAAAAUUACGGUCAGGGCGACAGCGCCGAGGUGGAAAUAACGUGCCGUGUGCAACUGUCCAACAUGCUCAUCAGUGCCGGCGCCUUUGUUGAUGCCAGGGACCAACAGGGUCGCACGCCCUUGACAUACGGCCACCCGGCAGUCAGAGAGGGCGUAAAGAUGUUCAUCAAAAACAACAGGUCCGCUGUAAAAUUCAAGACGGAACAAGGGUCUGGAGACUUUUCGCCUCCAGUCUUUGGAGGACAAGAUAACCUGGAGGAAAAGCUGAAGCGAGUGGGGGUGCCAUGUGGGUUGUGCGGCCACCCCAAGUCUGACGUCACUCUCUACCCAUGUCAACACAAGUGUGUGUGUAGCGGGUGCAGUGUAGCAGUCACGUGCUGCCCUCUUUGUGACGAGCCUGUGAAGGAAAAAAUCAACACGGGACCAGUUUUGUGCUUGCAGACGAUGAGGUCUAUGACCUCGAAAAGAAGUUCAAUCUGAUGUGACUAGAUUGUACGACACACUUCGCUCAACUCGUCGACGUUAAGAAGACAUUCCUGAUGAUAAACAUUUUAUUUGUCACAAACAAUCAAAACAAAAGAGCUUGGGUAACACCAGUGAUACCAAAUCUGCUUGCUACUUUUUUAAUUACAAUUUUCUUAUUAUUAUGUACAAAUUGCUGCCCAGCUUUCCUAACGGAGAUCUCAACUCCAAUCCUGAAAAAUAUGACAACUGGACACCUGGCUGAAAGACCAGUAGCUACCUGUACUAGAGUUUGCUGUCACGUGUUGUGCACGCCAGUUCAUGUUGUAUAAACUCUAAUCUUUUCUUACAACUGCCCUGAUCCCCAUGCUUCAAGAAGUCACAUAAAUGAUGCUACUGUUUGCUUUUGUAUGUUAUAAUUACUGGGUAAAUGCACUACUUUCUAUAUUCCCCCGUAGGCUGUAAAAGCUGAAUAACGAAAUAUAAUUUUGAGAAAAGGAAUAAAGCCUUUGAGAAGAAGACUUUGUGAAGGCU